AUGGCGGCGACAAUACAGCACCGGAUACGAGGACGUCCAGCCCACACUCCGGGUCCGACUUUCCUUACAUACACCCCCGAUGGUCGACGCUUGAUUACUGCGGGAUCGAACAACUCGGUGCGCGUAUACACCACUGGGUCUGAUGGAGAACCGACGAACGUGGACGACUGUCAAGAAUCCAAUACCGCCGUGGUCGCAACUGACGAUUUCUUCAUUACCGGCUCUGAAGAUGGCACGGUGUCCAUGUAUUCGUUGCAAAGCAACACUUUGGAAAAGAUGCUGCUUCGCUGCACGCUACCAAUUCGAGACAUUGCGCUUUCUCCGGACGGUAAUUGGGCUGCUGUUGCCAGCGACGAACUGGUGGUAAAGGUCGUAAAUACGCAGGACAUGACCAGAGUGCUCUACUUAAGGGAGCAAUCGAAGCCUGUCAAACAUCUUUCAUUCGACCCAAGUGGUACAUACAUCGCCUUAUCCUGCUCGGACGGUGUUAUAUUUGUAUAUUCAUUGAGUACCGAGGAGCCGGCGCUGGUGAAGAAGGUGGAUGGGUUGAUUAGAAAUUUGGAAACGGAUGCAGAGGCUAGUUCUCGGGUUGCUUGGCACCCAGAUGGUAGAGCUUUUGCCGCGCCUACUCCGACAAAGGAUAUCCAGGUGAUGUCAAACAGUGACUGGGAGCGCCAGCGAGCAUUUUCCUCGGGGCAUGCUGGAGACAUUACAGCUUUCGCCUGGUCUCCAAACGGAGCCCUACUUGCUAGUGCAGGCACUGACCGAAAGGUCCUUCUCUGGGAUUGCAAGACACAGAGGGUCAUUGCGAGGUUUGACUAUCCAAAUGUCAUGGCGAUUGCUUGGCAUCCCACCCAGAACCUCAUGUCAUUUACGACUUCUGAUGGCGAGGUUUUCAUGUACAAUGAUAUCGUACCUUCAGAAUAUAUGUCAUUAUUGAAGAAGGGUGUCCAGCCGGCCCCUUUUAUCCAUGACCCUCUUGCGGAGACUUUAGCCAACGGUAACAGCAAUGGCAUUGGCCAAAAAGAGGGGUUGCGAAGACGAUAUGGCACUCCAGACUCGCUGGACGAUAUUCUCGGAUCUGAGGGGGGCGGAGAUGAAGAUGAUUUCAUUGUCGACGACGACGGUGCAGGAUAUGCGGAAAGGGCAGAGUUUCCAUUGAAACGGCCAUAUGACGAUUAUGAAACAGAACCAGCAUAUGCUCCGUUGGCCAAGCGAACAGCUUAUGAACAUUAUCGUCCUAGAAUGCAUACGCCAUUCCAGGUGGGAAGUACUCCAUGGAGAGGAAACCGCAAGUAUUUGUGUCUAAACUUGAUUGGCUUCGUUUGGACAGUUGAUCAGGAAACACAUCACACCGUUACUGUGGAGUUUUACGACAGAGAAUUGCAUCGAGACUUUCACUUUACGGACCCGUACCGUUACGACAAGGCUUGUUUGAAUGACAACGGCGCGCUUUUUUCAUGUUCUCCGACAGACGGGAAUCCGGCAAUGAUCUUUUACCGUCCACAUGAAACGUGGACAACAAGAGCGGACUGGCGGACAACGCUUCCACCCCAAGAGCACAUUACAGCAAUUGCACUCAGCGAUUCGUAUAUCUUCGUGAGCACAACUGCGAAUUACCUUCGUGUCUAUACUCUCUUUGGCACUCCAUUCCGUGUGUUUAGACAAAAGAGUUCCCCGACGGUCACAUGCGCUUCAUGGCGCGAUUAUGUUAUGACAAUGGGAAACGGACCGGUUGGGGGCGACGGCUGCACCCGCCUAAUGUACACAAUUGAAAAUGUAAAGCGGGGCGAGGUUUGCCAGAGUGAGGACGUAGUAGCCUUGCCUCCAAAUGCUGAGCUCAGAAGCGUAUUCUUCUCUGAUAGAGGUGACCCAUGCAUCUAUGACUCGACGGGAGUGCUGCUGGUGCUAUUGCAUUGGCGAACACCUGGCCAGGCACAAUGGGCGCCAAUUCUAGACACAAAACAGCUUGAGCGACUUGCUAGCGGCCGCAAAGAAGAGACGUACUGGCCAGUGGCUGUCGCAGCAGAUAAAUUUCACUGUAUCAUCUUAAAGGGAGGUGACAAGUACCCUUACUUUCCACGACCGCUGCUCAGCGAAUUCGAUCUCAAGAUUCCCAUUUCUUCGUUGCCUGCUGCGACUGCGGACGACGAGAAUUCGAGCGCCAACGACGGUCCUAGACUGGAGGAAACUUUUGUGCGGACUUCAGUCGAAUUGAACUUGAUGGAGGACCUUGUCAACGCUACAGCUGCAACGCAUAGUCAGCGCACAGAGCUUGCACGAAAAGAGGUUGAUGUAGACAAGGCAUUGCUGCAGCUGUUAGCAAUUGAAUGCAGAGAAAGCGAAGACAAGGGUAUGAAGGCUCUAGAGAUUGUCGAGUUAAUGCGGGAUCAGACCGGCCGGAUGCUUGAGGCAGCGGAAAAGGUAGCUGCGCGGUUCCAGAGGAAUAUGCUGGCAGAGAAGAUUCGAGAGCUGGCCGAGCGAAGGCUCGCAGGUUUAGAGGAUGAGGACUGA